ACGUCCGUGGAGUGACGCAGCUGCGGGUCAGAGGCGGCAGCAAAAUGGCGGCUCCAGAGGAGCGGGAGCUGUCGGCGGAGCAGACUGAGAAACUGCUCCAGUUCCAGGAUUUGACUGGCAUCGAGUCCAUGGACCAAUGUCGCCAUACACUGGAACAACACAACUGGAACAUAGAGGCAGCUGUUCAGGACCGAUUGAAUGAACAAGAGGGUGUCCCAAGUGUCUUCAAUCCACCACCUCCUCGACCGCUACAAGUCAACACUGCUGACCAUAGGAUCUACAGCUAUGUUGUUUCAAGGCCGCAGCCAAGGGGCUUGUUAGGCUGGGGUUACUAUUUGAUAAUGCUUCCAUUCCGAUUUACAUAUUACACAUUACUUGAUAUAUUUAGGUUUGCUUUGCGUUUCAUACGCCCUGAUCCUCGUAGUCGGGUCACUGACCCUGUGGGUGACAUUGUUUCAUUCAUUCAUAUGUUUGAAGAAAAAUAUGGAAGAAUACAUCCUGUCUUCUACCAGGGAACAUACAGUCAGGCACUGAAUGAUGCCAAAAGGGAGUUACGCUUCCUCCUUGUUUACCUUCAUGGUGAUGACCACCAGGACACUGAUGAAUUCUGUCGCAACACACUCUGUGCACCUGAAGUGAUCUCCCUCAUAAAUACCAGGAUGCUUUUCUGGGCUUGUUCCACAAAUAAGCCAGAAGGAUACAGAGUAUCUCAGGCUCUACGUGAGAACACCUACCCAUUCCUGGCAAUGAUCAUGUUGAAAGAUCGCAGAAUGACUGUAGUUGGAAGAUUAGAAGGCCUCAUCCAACCUGAUGAUCUCAUUAACCAGUUGACAUUCAUCAUGGAUGCCAAUCAGACAUACCUGGUGUCUGAGCGCAUGGAAAGAGAAGAGAGAAAUCAAACUCAGGUCCUGAGACAGCAGCAGGAUGAGGCAUACCUGGCUUCCUUACGAGCAGAUCAGGAGAAGGAACGCAAAAAAAAGGAAGAGCGUGAGAAGAAGAGGAGAAAGGAGGAGGAGGUGCAGCAGCAGAAACUGGCGGAGGAGAGACGGCAACGGACUUUGCAGGAGGAGAAGGAACGAAAAUCUGAAUGCCUUCCUCCAGAGCCGCAUCCUGAUGACCCAGAAAGUGUCAAGAUCAUCUUCAAAAUGCCCAAUGACUCCAGGGUGGAGAGGCGAUUCCAUUUUGCGCAGUCUUUAACAGUGAUCCAUGACUUCCUAUUCUCUUUGAAAGAGAGCCCGGAGAAGUUCCAGAUUGAGGCCAACUUCCCCCGCCGUGUCUUGCCCUGCCUUCCUACAGAGGAGUGGCCUAACCCACCCACGCUGCAAGAAGCUGGACUCAGCCACACGGAAGUUCUUUUUGUGCAGGACCUCACGGACGAUUGACACUUUUCCGAACUAGAGAGAUGGAAAGAGAGAUUCCUAUUAUAAUACAAUAUUUUUUUUAAAGACUGCUGCGUACAAAUGAGGGAUCAGAGACUAUGUGGCCUGGGCCAGCCACGUCAUGUGUCUGCACUGUCGGGAGAAACUGCACACACUUGGGCACACUCCACCCCUUUUUUUACAUUCAGAGGGCAAAUGGGAGGGGCCACAAUUGCCCUCCCAAGAGAGGGUCAGAAACGGCAGCUCUUGGUAAAUAUUGCUUUUAUUGGAGAUGAUAUACCCCACAUUCUGACAUUAGGAAAUCUGAUGUUUUGCUGCUUGUGACAACUAAAGGACCGUACCUGUGGGCCAGGUUGAGAUCUUCUGCCCUGAUUGGGGGGAGACAGGCAGAGGGUUGUUUCUUCCAGCUUCUCACUCUGUAUAAAUCUAUUAAAUAUUUCUUUUGCUUUGUAAUGACCAAAGGAGAAUGAGGGUAACAAUGUUUGUUUUUGUUUUUUUUUAAUCAGGAGCUGGUUGACAUUCUUAACAACAGGGGCUCUUCUUCUUCUCCAGGGUUCUUAGCCUGCGUAGUGUAAUAAAUUCUGCCUCUAGUGUGCCUGUGCUAACACCUUUGACUGUCAGUGUCUUAAUGCCUACACAGACUGUACCUGGCCCAGAUGCACCACAUAGAUUUAAUGGCCUGACCCAAAGUGUGCAGACACAAUUGAAGAGGCUAAAUUCCCUUAGGUUAUAUUAUAACUUCAAACUGGAUUAGAAACUUUUAUGUGCAGCCUCUGGGCUCACUCCGGAAGAGCCUUUGAUUGUGCCUGUGUGAGAUACGCCCAGUCUCACCACAUGAGGUAUCUUGAGUAGUGACUGAAAGAAAGGUAGAAAAGUUAAACUAACUUCUAAACAAGGACUGUAGACUUUUUUUCUAAGUCAGGUGAGUAGUACCCUGUCAUUUCAUCCAUGCUAAUGGGUAUACUGCCUGCCUGCCUGCCUCCCUCCCUGCCUGCCUGCCUAGAAAAGUCUAAAUGAUGAGCAAGCAUUAUAAGGUAGAGCUCUAAAGGGCUAUACACAGUUCUGCAGAGCAUAGAGCUCCCUCGCAUGACUGCAGCCUUUGGGUUGGUUCCAGACCUGCCUCCAUGAAGACAACCGGGAUCCAGCAGAGGCUUCCCUCUUGAGCCCAGGUGGGCAACUUUAGGCCCUCUACAUGUUUUGGGCUAUAACUCCCAUCAGCUCUAGCCAACAUAUCCAGUGGGGAGGGAGGAUGGGAGCUGUAGGCCAAAAUGCCUGGAGGACCACAAGUUGCCCAUCCCUGCAUUAGAUGAAGGGGGUUGGGUCGCAAUUUUCUCCCAAUUCCCCCUGCAACCCUCUGGAACAGCCCAGGAGAUGGCAUUGGGGACUGCAGGGGAAAUUUGAGAGAAUGCUGCCCUGGCCCUUUUCAUCCUGAGCUAAUAAAACGCAACUGAGUGCAAGCCUGGCGCCAUCUCAUUAUCUAUACUAGAUGUAGGGAAAUUAAGCCUGCCCCAUCAUACAUUGGGGCGUUCAUGAGGUCAGGAAGGCAGGCUGCCUUCUCAUCGUUCCAGCUAAUAAGAACACCAUUUCUCAGUUGUAUAUACUUGGGCUUGUGGAAGAGCACAAACAUGCUUUAUUCAUGGAACUUACUGGGUUCUUGUCGAUCUCCUUGAAAUAGAGGAGCCUCCACCCACUUGCUACUGUGUAUAUUGGAGCUAAUCUUGCCUCCUGUGAAUCAGCACCAUUUGGAAUCUGAGCUGGACUCAUGAAAUACAGUAUUACUUUUAUUUGCCAGA